UGCGCAGCUGUUUGAACUGUCAGCCGGCUUUUGAAUGCUGGCCCACCCCACAAACAGCCCACCCGGUAGACCAAGUCCGCAACAGGAUAAAAGAAGGCAAAUCAAACACUCGCAACUCAGUGGAUGUCACAUCCUCGCAGAAAUCGGUUGAGCGGAAUUUCGUAAAACUAAAAGUACAAGCCCUUGGAGAAAUAGGAAAAACGCACAGCGGAAUUGCCGCCAAGUAACAAUGUUAAAUAUCUGCUAGACACAAAUAUCUGACAAGUGACAAGUGAUUGACAUCCCUUGGGGAGAUCAUCUGAAACCGAAAACUGCCUUCGCGAACAAAUUCAGAAUGCGGACGAGUGCAGUUUUGGUCCUGCCGCUUCUGCUCCUGCAAUUAAUUUUAAACUGCCGAAAAGCCCAAUCCCUGCCCGAUAUAAUCAAGAUUGGUGGCCUCUUCCAUCCCGCCGAUGACCACCAAGAGCUGGCCUUCCGCCAGGCGGUGGACCGCAUCAACGCCGACCGCUCCAUCCUGCCGCGCUCCAAACUGGUGGCCCAAAUCGAGCGCAUCUCGCCAUUCGACAGCUUCCACGCCGGGAAGAGGGUUUGUGGCUUACUGAACAUCGGCGUGGCAGCUAUUUUUGGGCCACAAUCCUCCCACACCGCCAGCCAUGUACAGAGCAUUUGUGACAACAUGGAGAUUCCCCACUUGGAGAAUCGCUGGGACUACCGGCUGAGACGAGAAAGCUGCCUGGUGAACCUUUAUCCGCACCCUAAUACGCUUUCCAAGGCUUACGUGGAUAUCGUGCGGCAUUGGGGCUGGAAGACUUUCACCAUCAUCUACGAGAACAAUGACGGCAUUGUGCGGCUGCAGGAGCUGCUCAAGGCGCACGGGAUGACGCCCUUUCCCAUUACUGUGCGACAGCUAAGCGACAGUGGGGAUUACCGGCCCCUCCUGAAGCAGAUCAAGAACUCGGCGGAGGCGCACAUCGUGCUGGACUGUUCGACGGAGCGAAUCCACGAGGUGCUGAAGCAGGCGCAGCAGAUUGGCAUGAUGAGUGAUUACCAUAGCUACCUGGUGACCUCGCUGGACCUGCACACGGUUAACCUCGAUGAGUUUCGGUACGGCGGCACAAAUAUCACUGGGUUCCGGCUGAUCAACGAGAAGAUUGUCUCGGACGUGGUGCGCCAGUGGAGCAUCGACGAAAAGGGUCUGCUGCGGUCCGCCAACCUGACCACCGUGCGCUCGGAAACUGCUCUUAUGUACGACGCAGUGCAUUUGUUCGCCAAGGCGCUGCACGACCUGGAUACUUCACAACAGAUUGACAUCCAUCCCAUCAGUUGCGAUGGACAGAGCACCUGGCAGCACGGCUUCAGCCUGAUCAACUAUAUGAAGAUCGUCGAGAUGAAGGGCCUGACGAAUGUGAUUAAGUUCGAUCACCAGGGUUUCCGCACGGACUUCAUGUUGGACAUUGUGGAGCUAACUCCAGCGGGUAUCCGGAAGAUCGGCACCUGGAACUCCACGCUGCCCGAUGGUAUCAACUUUACGCGCACCUUCAGUCAGAAGCAGCAGGAGAUCGAGGCUAAUCUGAAGAAUAAGACGCUGGUGGUUACAACCAUAUUGAGCAAUCCUUACUGCAUGCGCAAGGAGUCCGCUAUUCCCCUAAGUGGCAAUGAUCAGUUUGAGGGCUAUGCGGUGGAUCUGAUCCAUGAGAUCUCCAAGUCACUCGGCUUCAACUAUAAAAUACAACUAGUGCCCGAUGGCAGCUAUGGAAGUCUCAAUAAAUUGACGGGCGAAUGGAAUGGCAUGAUCCGGGAGUUGCUGGAGCAGCGUGCCGAUCUGGCCAUUGCGGAUCUCACCAUCACCUUUGAGCGGGAGCAGGCAGUAGACUUUACCACACCCUUCAUGAAUCUUGGAGUUUCCAUAUUAUACCGGAAGCCAAUUAAGCAGCCACCCAACUUGUUCUCCUUCCUGUCUCCCCUGUCCUUGGACGUAUGGAUCUACAUGGCCACUGCGUAUUUGGGUGUCUCCGUGUUGCUCUUCAUUCUGGCUAAAUUCACACCCUACGAAUGGCCGGCUUAUACGGAUGCUCAUGGCGAGAAGAUUGAGAGUCAGUUCACCCUGCUCAAUUGCAUGUGGUUUGCCAUCGGAUCGCUGAUGCAGCAAGGAUGUGACUUUUUGCCCAAGGCUCUAUCCACUCGCAUGGUGGCUGGCAUCUGGUGGUUCUUCACCCUGAUCAUGAUCUCCUCAUACACUGCAAAUCUGGCUGCCUUUUUGACUGUGGAGCGUAUGGAUUCACCCAUCGAAAGUGCUGAGGAUCUGGCCAAGCAAACGAGAAUCAAAUACGGCGCGUUGAAGGGCGGCAGCACGGCAGCUUUUUUUAGGGACUCAAAGAUCUCCACAUAUCAGCGCAUGUGGUCCUUCAUGGAAUCAGCUCGUCCUUCGGUUUUCACAGCCAGCAAUGGCGAGGGUGUGGAAAGGGUAGCCAAGGGAAAAGGAUCAUAUGCCUUUCUGAUGGAGUCCACCUCCAUUGAGUAUGUGACCGAACGCAACUGCGAGCUAACGCAAGUUGGUGGAAUGCUGGACACCAAGAGCUACGGCAUUGCCACUCCACCGAAUUCGCCCUAUCGCACUGCCAUCAACAGCGUGAUACUCAAGUUGCAGGAGGAGGGCAAGCUGCACAUCCUGAAAACCAAGUGGUGGAAGGAGAAGCGCGGCGGCGGCAAGUGUCGCGUGGAGACCUCCAAGUCCUCGUCGGCGGCUAAUGAGCUGGGACUGGCCAAUGUGGGCGGCGUCUUCGUGGUCCUGAUGGGCGGUAUGGGCGUGGCCUGCGUCAUCGCCGUCUGCGAGUUCGUGUGGAAGUCACGCAAGGUCGCCGUGGAGGAGCGCCUAAGCGCGAUACUGAACGAAUGAGAAAAGUCGUAAACCCGGGACGAAUGGGUCUAGGCCAGGAAUGGGUCUCGGGAGAUCAAUCAGAAAUGCAAGCAGAGAUGGGAAUGUGCAAUUCGGUGGAGCAUAUAUCAAGAUCAAUAAACAAAAUAGCUAAUAUUCGACAUCCCUAUCAACCUUAGAGAUUGCCGGAUCCGCAACAUUUUUGGAAUCAGUCACCAAAGUCUAGAGGAGUUUAGGGUACCGGAGCCACCAAUGAAAGUUUGCACCAGUUUGAAGGCGGCGUGAAACAAGAUAUUAAUAAUAGAUUCAAGCUACAUAUGAGAGAUAUAUGUACACUGAGGCAUAUAUAAUGCAUAUAUAUAUUUAUACAGGUUAUACUCCCUUUCGUAAUUUACUCGUAAUAACCAUACACAUAAACUAUACACUGGAGGAACCACGCACAAACACUUGCAACAAGUCGAAAUCGUAUUGCAUUUAUAUUUGAAAGCAUUUUUGGGAAUUGACCUAUAGGCGUAAUUGUAGCUAAAUUAUAUAUAGACAUGCAUAUAGCCCACGACAGGAUCAGCGAACUAAUGGAGCCGGACACGAUUUACACAAUGAAUGAAUAUAUAUUCAACGCAUUUAGCUAGUAGAUCUAACCUAAGUGAGUUGUAAUUCUAUCUUAGAUCCAUGAACCCAACAUUCUCUUGUGUUCCCCAAUCUUCUGUCAGUCCCCUAAAAUAUAAGAUUGUAAAAUGUAAUUACCGCUCAUACAGGCAAUUCUGACAACAACAAUUUCAUAAAAUACUUACAAACUUACAAUUAAAUAAAGCAAGUUAAC